UCUACGCUCGCUCACGUGAAUGUAAACACCUGACCGCUGCAGGGGAGCGAGCCCGCUGAUUCUUCUCACAGAAACACAAACUUCUGCAGAUCCUUCCUGUCGAUUCCUCAGCUGUGUUAGCUAUGAGCGGGAUGGCGGAGGAGGACAUGUUUGUAUCGGAGGAGGAGCAGGCGGUGGACUGUAGGCGGCUGACCCGGCUGUACUGCAUGAAUGGCGGACAUCACCUGCAGAUCCUCCCCGAGGGGAAUGUGCAGGGCCAGAGGGAGGAUGGGGACGCGCAUAUUGUUUUGAAGCUCAAAGCUGUGGACAGAGGUGUUGUGGUCAUCCAAGGAACAGAAGCCGGAAGAUAUUUGGCCAUGAGCGACGAGGGCAGAUUGUACAGCUCACCCACAGUGACUGAUGAGUGUUAUUUCCUGGAGAAGUUGGAGGAGAACCACUACAACACAUACAUGCCUCAGAAAUAUCAGGACAGGAAAUGGUAUGUUGGGCUGAAAAAGAACGGCAAACCUAAACUGGGUUCAAGAACUCACAUCGGCCAGAAGGCCAUCUUCUUUCUGCCCCGACAGCUGUGUGACUGAGCGAAGACACUCAACACACACUGCAACUCAGCCGCAACUCAGUAAUAAUCAACCAGUAUGAAAUCACUGAUUAAAGCUGAAUGUGUGGUUCUCAAAGUGAGCAGCAUUUGAAAAUGUUAAAUGGGAUGGGAAAAACACUAAGCAAUAAUAUUCUAUGUAUUGUAAUACUCGUAAAUGAUGUCCCGCCACACACUAUAUUUCAUAACAUAGUCAUAUUAUAUACAAUUAAUUAAAUAUAUAUAUCUGUUUUAUUAUUAUAAAUGUCACAUUUUCUCAUUAACUUACUUUAAAAGAAAAUUAUUGUAACCCAUUGAUUGGGAAUGUUGUUAGAUUUUUGGAAGUCAUGCUAUGAAUGUGUUUUUUUUAACUAUCUUACUGUCUGGGAACAUAUUCUCAAGCUCUGCUUCA